GUUGCCACGAGGAAAAAUGCAAUAGUAAAGCUCAAUGAAUUUUCCGGAUCUAUUCGUAGAGACAAAAUGAUCGUUGUAGGACACGCUCUAGGCUGGGAGAGACACCGAUAAUGAGAAAUCUCUUCUUCGGCCAAUCUCCUGUUCCUGAAAUUGAAGAGAUCGUUUCUGGCAUGUUAAUUGGGAGGAUUUCGAGGACAACAAACCAUCCCCCAUGGGGGAUGGUACGCGGAAGGCUCACUUCGGCGAGUCGGAGAUCGACGAUCCGCCCACUCUCGCGUACACCUCUCCUGAGAUUGCGCGGGCAAUUUUCUCGAGCUUUCGUGCCUGCUUCCGCGACGAGCUUGCAGCAGGCGUGCUCGAUCAGUCGUCCGUCGUCCGUCCGCGUCCGCGUUUUUUUCGCGCGAGUCGCGAUGUGCUCCGGCCGGCUCGCAAGCGACUCGUACUUCUGCCGAAGUUCUGUCAACGAACAGAAUCGAACGACAGUUUGGAACGUUUAAGACAAUUUAAGCUCGAGAACUUUUCGCGCCAUAUUAUCACUCUGAUUACACAUAUUUAAUUAGUGUAAAAUGUAACGUGGAAUUUUCUAAUUUGAGAGAUCUGCCUCAUAUUAUAAUAAAGCCAAGUUGAUUACUCGACAUGCAAAAAUGAUAAAGAUUAAAAAUACGUCUUUAUUUUAUAUUUACGUGUCACGUUUAUUGAAAUAAAUUAGAAAGUAAAGUCGAAGCUUUUAAAUUAAACUGCGCUUUCUGUUGAAUUGCUUAACGAUAUUUUUGCAAUUGUACGCUUAUAACAUUUCGCGAGAAAGAGUUGACCAUGGAAAUCGCGAUUAGAUCGCGGUGUUGCCUCUUUGAACAAUAAUGCAUUUCAAUACACGCGAGUGCCCCGACGUUAUAUCGCUCAGCCUGCGUCGCGCGAGAUAAGAGUUGACCAUGGUGGACAAAUUGCACGAGUAUGAGGGACUCACGGGUAGGAUUCAUGGUGUUCGCGAUACCAUCAGGGAACGAUGGAGCGUGUGGAAAGAGUGGAAAGACAGCUUGAAUCUGAAUCAAGGCCUGGACGGAUUGAGAAAUCAUCUACGAAAGCCACCGAAGUUGGAGCGCACUUUAGAGGACUAUUCGCACAUCUACAGAAAGAAAACCCGCGCCGAACUGGUGAGAGUGUCGGCAGCGGUGAUGGGGAUCGAGUUUUCAUACGCUGCGGAGACCGCCUUCGUCUCGCCGACGCUGCUCAAGAUCGGUGUCGAUCACCAGCACAUGACUCUGGUAUGGGCACUCAGCCCCCUCGUAGGCUUCUUCGUGACGCCUAUCCUCGGCAGUAUGAGCGAUCGCUGUAGGCUCAAGUCUGGCAGAAGGCGACCUUUCAUUCUCCUGUUGGCUCUCGGAGUCUUCAUAGGUCUCAUCUUGGUGCCGAACGGCGAGCAUAUCGGUUACUUAUUCGGCGACACGCCAUUCCGCACGAACGACACGAUCCCACUUGGACAUCGCACAACGGCGAAGGAGGCGCCCGAACCCGUUGGAAAGGCUUCCUCGCACUCCUGGGGCAUCUUCUUCACUAUUCUCGGCACGGUGCUGCUCGAUUUCGACGCCGACGCCUGUCAGAGCCCGGCGAGAGCGUAUCUCCUCGACGUCACUAUACCUGAGGAUCAUGCGAAAGGUUUAAGCACGUUCACCAUAAUGGCGGGCUUGGGAGGCUUCAUGGGCUACGGUUUGGGCGGCAUUAAUUGGGACGUUACUUCGCUCGGUGUUCUGCUGGGUGGACAUCUGCACGCGACUUUCACUCUCAUCACGAUCAUCUUCCUCAUCUGCGUGAUCUGCACAGUCACCAGCUUCAAGGAGAUCCCUCUCGAAUUACUCGAACGAGAUCAGUACCGUCAAGUAGAUGAGUCGAGGGCUACGGAAGAAAUCCAAAGAGUGGAGGACGAGCGAAAGGAACGCGAGAAGAUCAUCUCCGAGGAAUCGAAAACGUACGGUGCGCUCGAUGCAGAACACGAAACGGAAGUUCCUUCGAAAACAGAAGAAUUCGCCCUCCGUCCGCUCCAGACACAGCCCUCCGAUCCUCCCGAAGAACGUCCGAUUCCCGAAGGCAGCCACGUCAAUUACGGCUUCGACGAUAUCGGGGGGGGUGAAGUAAAUCACAGGGCGACCCUGAAGGAGUAUCUGCUGUCCAUUGUCUACAUGCCGCGCAGUCUUCGCCAGGUUUGUCUAACGAAUCUAUUCUGCUGGAUGGCACACGUAUGCUACUCCCUGUACUUUACGGACUUUGUGGGCGAGGCGGUGUUCGGUGGGAAUCCACGGGCGCCCAUGGACACCGAUGAGCGUGAGCUUUAUGAGGAGGGUGUGCGAUUCGGAUGCUGGGGCAUGUCCAUGUAUUCCCUAUCCUGCUCAUGCUACUCGCUGAUCAUCGAGCGACUGAUCCAGCGUUUCCGGGCACGUAAAGUUUACAUAUACGGACUGCUCUUCUACAGCAUCGGCAUGCUCCUAAUGGCCCUGACGAAACAUCCGGUGGGCGUCAUCAUCUUCUCGUGGACCGCUGGUGUCAUGUAUUCCACAUUGUUUACUAUGCCCUAUUUAUUGGUGGCGCAUUAUCACGCAUCCUCGACUUUUGCCCUAACAACUGCGGGCGAUGCGAUUUCCGGCGGUUUCGUGCGCGGCCUGGGAACUGACGUUGCCAUCGUCUCUUCUAUGGUAUUCCUGGCGCAGUUUCUGCUAUCCUGUUGUCUGGGUACGAUCGUCAGCCUCACAGGCACCACCGCGGCGGUGGUCUAUGUCGCCAGUAUUCUGGCAAUAUGCGGUGCGGCCUCAGCCACGCAGAUCAUGUAUCUGGAUCUGUGAAUCUCGCUUGUCAAUCAAUCAUUUCAAUGAUUAAUUGUAAUGUUUCAUGUAGCUGUCCAUAAUCCAUCGACUGCGUGAAAGAAAGUAGAAUAGUCGUUACAUUCGCAUACAAAAUGUAAAAUGUUUCGUUAGUUGCAAAUAAUUGUGAGAUAGUGUGUUAAGUUGGAAAGUAAGAAUGGAGAAUAGAUUUGUAAGAUAAUCGUGGCCAAUUAAUUAUCAUUAUACUAAACAUUAAUCGAUAAUUGUCAAUUUUAGUGAUUGCCUCAUCUAUAGUUUUGUCCGCUUCGUUUAAGUAACUUUGUCGUUAUCGUUUCAACGUAUAUUUUAUUAGCUUUUUAAUACUGUUGAUUAAUAUUUAUUGUAUUAAUUAUAUACGAAUUGUUAAGUGUUUCAUAAAUAUACUGAUGAAAUAGCUAU